AUUAUUUAUCAGUAACAACUGCGUUCACUCUCAAAUUUUGCAUUUACUUUCGUUACUAUAGGAAAAAAUUGCCAAGGUAUAAAUCGCUCGCCUUCUAAUAUUGUAAACUCCAAUCAAAUUAAUGUUAGUUAUUAGAAUUUGUCUUAUUGGAUAAAAAAUAAAUCGUAUAUUGUCAUGUAAAUUCGAGCAGAUAAAUGGACUACUCUGCGACCUAAAAAAACAAAUAUGACGGAAGAAAUUCAAAAAAAUUUAAAAACAGAAAUAGACAAGUACAAACAGGUUCAAAAAGAUUACCACAAAGCAUUGAAUCAAAGACAACAGCUGGAUGGACAAUUAAAUGAGAAUAUUGCUGUCAAAAAAGAAUUAGAUCUUUUGAAAUCAGAGGAUGAUGUUUUCAAAUUAAUUGGACCUGUUCUCAUUAAGCAAGAUGUAGAAGAAGCAAAACAAAAUGUUGCUAAACGAAUGGAAUAUAUCUCUUCCGAAUUGAAAAGAGUGGAAGAAUUAAUAACGACAUUAGAUAAGAAACAAGAUACACAUCGUGAAACAUUGGAGAAAUAUCAACAGAUGUUUCAACAAGCUCAAGUGAAAGCAUCCCUCUCUCAACCUAAAGCAUAAUUUUAUACAUGAAAAAAUAUUAUAUAUUGUCGCUUGUUAUGUCAAUAUCACAAAAGAAAAAAGAUCAUAUAACCAUAAAUGUCACUAUCCCUAUUUCUGAUUAAAUUUGUUAAUAAAUUUCUUGGGAAGCUUU